UUUCUGCGUCCUUGUUUACUUCCCCUUCACUUCGGUGCCUCCCUCCUUUUUCUUUCCACUGCCCGUCGCGCAACACGACUGCCGACUAUUUGUUUACCUCUGCACUCGUCCCGCCACGACCACCGCCCACCGCACAUUCGCACCCGUAUCCAUACGCCCGCACAGCUCCUACACAGCAUCUUGCAGGCAACACGCUUACUAGCCCCUAUUCGCGCGUCCGCCAUGUCGCUCAGCGCAAAAUACCAGGCCUUCCUGGCCAGCCCGUCGGCCGGCGCGCUCGCCGACAACGCGUCGCUGCAUUACAUCACGACCCUCACGAGCAUCCACGAUGCCGGCGCGAUAAUGAAGCACCUCGCGGUGCAGGACAAGCUGCUGAAGAAGACGGAGCAGAAGGUCCUGAGCAAGAUCGAGGGCGCCAAUGGGCUGAGCGUGGACGUGGAGACCACCAUCGAGUUCAGUUCUGGCGGCGGCGCAUACCUGCCCGGCUUGGACGACAAUUUCGUGGCGGACAGGAUAGUGACAUUCCCCAUGGUCCACAUGGUCCACUUCGACAACGCGCAGAAGAUCGUGCAAAUCCGCCUGUACUGGGACCAAGGCUCGCUCCUCAAGCAAAUCGACGUCAUCGGCGCCCGCGCGCGCAACUGGCCCCUCCGUGAUGGCAGAGACCAGAGCCGCCUCAUUUCCACGAGCUCUGCCGUGGUCGCCCAGCCUGAAUCCGCGCCCGCCUCUCGCCCUUCCACCGCUUCCACUGCAGCUCGCGGUGCAGACGAGGUUUCGAUUACGGAGCGUCCGUUCAGCUCGAGGCGGUCGACCAACAAUGCUAUGAACGACCCGCACGCCACUCUGUCCCUCUUUCAGCCCCGCGACGUCAAUCAGGACAGCGCUUCCGGCUCGCAACCGAUAGCACCGCGCGCACAAUCCGCGAAGCCUCCGCCACGCGAGUAUUCCGAGCUGUUCGUCGGCGAGGAACCCCCGUCCCCGUCGCCGGCAAACGACCCGUUGUCCCCGCAGAAGCGUGGCAUUCCAGCCAAGUCCGGUGCCGGUAAGAACUUCAAGCCCAACCGCCUGUUCGAAGAGACGGAGGAGGAGAAGGUGGCGCCUACACCGAGGGGUGUCAAGACGCAUGCGACCAAGUACAACCAUUUCGAAUUUGGGGAUGGUGACGAAGAUGCAACACCCAAGGUGCGAGAGACGGCUCGGCCGGCGACCAAGUCCAAGCACCUAUCACAGUGGGACUUUGAGGACUUUGUCACACCCGACAAGGUGAAGCCCAAGGUCCUGGGCCAGGCCGUCCGACACUUUGGGUGGAGCGACGAUGAGGUCGGUCCUUUCUUCCAGCCUGAGACUUUUGAGAUUUUCGAGGAUGAGGGCUCCCCCGUUCGCCGCCCCGUAGUUCACAAGGCGCGCCCGGAUGCCGACAUGCACUUCGAAUUUGUAGAUGAUGGAACUCCAGAAGCCGAGCGCAAGGAAGCACAGCGCAACCAAGCUGCGUCCAAGGGCCGUCUACAUAACAAGGGCCUCGGCCUCUACCAGGAGCACGUCAUUGGUUCAACCGCGGAUGAUGACGGCGAUGACGAUGUCCCCAAGGGCGACACCAAGCGGCCUCUCAACGACGUUACGACUACUAUUAAGAAUGAGAACCGUAAGAAAGACUUUGGCGCCCACUGGGAAAUGCGCGACGAUAGCCCUGCCCUUGAGAAGUCAUCCUUCAACGGCAACAAGCCCUCAGAGAACCAGAAGAAGGUCCACAAGAGCAUGGACGCCCACUGGGGUCUAUACGAAGACUCGCCUGAGAACCGUGGCAUCAAGACUGCUGGCAAUGGUAUGGGCGCGCGGAAGGGUACCGAAUCCAAUUGGAGCCUGUACGAGGAGUCUCCCGUGCAGAAGAAGGAGAAUAUGGGCGUCAAGCAGACAGGGGAUAGCAUGGGUGGGCGGAAAGGCGCAACUGGCUUCUGGGACUUCUAAGCCCCAACACGUCUGCAUUUUCGAUGCGCUAUGGCAGAUGACGGCACGUUUGACGACGGGCACGGCCUAUGUUAAUGCCUCUAAUGAACUGACCACCUGGCUGGCCGGCGGAGUACGACUACCACGAGCAAGCGAUUUCCAAGGGACUAUUUUCUUUCUCUUCGACUAUUUCCUUGAGUACUUUCAGACUGUAUUGGUGGUCCGUUGAGCGGUGCACAGCACAUUGAGUACGACAUGUACGAUAUUCAGCACGCUUCGGC